AUGGAUCUGCUAUGCAGCGCUGUUAUGAAUAUAUGUCUUCAACUGAUCGGGCAGGCAGAUACUUUCAACUACCCACGAGGGAAGGAACGAUUGGAACAGAUCGGCGUGCUUAUAUGCGCGAUUCUCAUGGCAUUCGCUAAUGUCGGCAUGGCGAUGCAGGCACUGAACAAUAUCGCCGACGACACAAGAAAACCAGAAGUAUCGCUCACUACCACAGGAAUCGUAGUAGUACAAACAGUACUGAAAGGCUUACUUUCGUGGGUUUGCUAUCAGAAAGGAACUCCGUCGUCCAUUGUUGUGGCCAUGGAUCUCAGGAAUGAUGUGGUGACUCGUAUCUCUGCCAUCGUUUUUGCUCAAGUUGGUGAUCACUACUGCAGACUCGCCGAUCCAAUAGGAGCAAUUGUUAUUUGUAGUAUGAUCGCCAUUUCAUGGUUUAGCCAUGUACUGGAAAAUAUUCCGCCACUCGUUGGACGUCGAGUCGAACAGGAACAACUGAGUCGAAUUCUGAAGCUCGUCAUUGACCACGAUCCGAGGAUACGGUGUCUGGAUCAUGUGAUGGUGUACCACAUAGGUGCAAAGGCUCUUGUCGAGUUGCACAUCGUGAUGGACGAGCGCCUGCCAUUAAAGGUGACACAUGACAUCAGCCAUCCCCUGGAAAAGAAGUUACAACGACUAGAAUUCGUGGAACGAGCAUUCGUACACUGUGACUACACCUGCGAUGGCGAUUAG